AGCACUACAGGCACCACUGGUUCCCCGUGGUGCCCUCCCGGGGCUCCGGGUACCGCUGCAUCACGAUCAACCAUAAGAUGGACCCCUUGAUAGGAACGGCGGCGGGGAUGAUCGGACUGAGCCACGAGAGGCUCUUCCAGCUCUUACCCAGCGAAUUAACUCUGUGGGUCGACCCCUUCGAGGUGUCCUAUCGCAUAGGUGAGGAUGGGUCUAUCUGCGCGCUGUGCGAGAGCGCCCAGCCCGGGGCGAAGGCGGCCAAACAGCUGGAGAGCAGGACCGGCUGCAAGGAGUGGAGAAUUGGCAGAUCCAGCCCUUCCAAGUGUUACAUGAUGACGGUUUCUAGCUAAAAGCUACUAUUCCUUGUGCGAUGAUGACAUAUGUAUCCCAGUCCUAUGGUAAAGUUAGAUGUAACUGAGCUUUUCGGUUUUUAAUUAUUUUUUUCACCCUAUAGUCAUUAAAGUCGUGGUAGUACUGCCAAGAUCCUUGUGGCCAAGGGCUAAUGUGUGAAGCAGUUCUUUACACUGCAUGUGACUUUCUGGAUUGUGUCCUGUAAAUGCACUGAUUGUUUUACACAUUUAUAUUUUCAAAGAAGUUUUGGCUAUUUGUAAUAACAAGCAAUAUUGUAGCAAUCUUGAAGACAAAUUUUAGUCAAGAUUAGCACUUGCUAAAAAAAAACCAUUCCGCAACUUGCAGAGCAAUAACAUGAAGGGGGGAGGGAAGCAUCUAACAAGCUGCACGUAAAUCUUUCAGUGGUUUGUCUGCACAGACUUCUCUCAGGGUCAUUCAAUUUGGGCUGCGAGGCACAAAUCACAAAAAUAACUCUUUAUUUUUCCUUUUUCAAAGCAUGCAUUUAUUUGAGGGCUGGAGCCCAUCAAAGCCCAACAUUUUAGCAAAAAGAACUGGGGAAUCAGUUUAUUUCUAGUUCUUGGAGUAGAACAAUAAAGACUUGCUCAAA